ACUCGAGGAAUGAUGGUCAAACUACUGCUGCUUUGCCUGGUGUGCUGGAGUGCUCUUCCUUCGGAAGCCUCUCCCUUGGGUAAGCAAAAGGCCCUAGAGAUCGGUGAAAAGCGAUACUACAUUUCUUUGGCGAGGACCAACUGGUUCGAGGCGACAAACCACUGCCGCCAGAAGGGCGGAUUUGUGGUCAACUUGGAGAGCAGGGAGGAACUGGAGCUUCUUAGCCCCCACCUCCACCCAGCCUACAGCUAUUGGCUAUCCAUCAAUGACCUCGGCGUUCGGGGCGUUUACGCGUCGGAGGCCACUGGUCUAGAGGCUCCAUUUCUUAACUGGUCCGCCGGAGAACCGGACAACAGCAGUGGCCACGACCGAUGUGUCGAGCUCUGGUUACCGACAACCUCCUUCCAGAUGAACGACCUCCCGUGCCAAAACUCCGUCGCCUUUAUUUGUCAGCUAAACUAGUGUCAACAUCGGAACUUUCAGUGAACAACAUGUUUUCUAAUUGAGUGUUGGAAAAGUAAAGCUGCAAUAUUUCUUAACUGGCGUUUCAAAAACAUAUAUUUUCACGC